AAUUUAUACAAAAGUUUUUCUGAUUGCCGUUGAAGAUGCCCGCCGACGGACUGAACAGCCCUCGGGUCUCGCAGGGACGUCGCAGCGGAGGGGACCAGAAGGAUGCCUCACCAUUCCCAGACAAGUACGACAUGCGCGGCACACGUGUGCUGAGCAUCUACAAGAGUCGGAUCACGGAGGUGCCCGCUCAGGUGUUUGAGGAGGCGCGCGAGGAGCUGGUGAAUGUUGUGCAGCUGCAGGACAAUCGGCUGUGCGAGGUGCCCAAGGAUCUGCACAUGCUGGGGGAGCUGCUCACGCAGCUGGAUCUGACCAAGAAUCAGAUCUCGUACAUACCCACCAACAUCUCGCAGUUCUCGCGUCUGACCUGCUUCAAUGUCUCGUGCAACUUGCUGCGUGACUUGCCACUGGAGUUUGGUGGCCUGCAGCUGCUCUGUGAGCUGGACAUUUCCUUCAAUCGCUUCGAACGGCUGCCACGCUGCAUCUACGACUUGCAGAGCCUCGAGUCGCUCUUGGCACACGAUAAUCACAUCGAGGACAUUGAUGCCAGUGAGACGGGGCUCGGUGCCUUGAAGAAUCUCCGCGUAUUGGAUUUGAGCAACAAUGAUAUAAGACAGGUGCCGCCCAUUCUGGGCAACAUGCGGAGCAUUGUUACCCUGAAUCUGAUGGGCAAUCCGCUGCGACAGCCGCGUCAUCAGAUUUUGAGCGCUGGCACGGAGGCCAUUAUGGCAUUCCUGCGCACUCGCAUUCCACUUUCGCAGUAGACUUUUCCCUUCAAAUUGUUUAUUAAUGUUGUCAAAUUAAAGUUCAUAAAUCGUA